UCUGAAGACACACAGGCAGCAGCAGGCGGACCGGCUCAGCGCGGACGGAGUGGAGUGGAUCCGGGAUGCGGACGGAUGCCGCUGGACGAAGAGAGAAAGUGGAGUCCGACGCACGGAGCGAUAAGACAGCGCGCUACAAAAUGAAGACACCUAUGCGCCAUGGGAUAGCCGUGCUCCUCGUGCUCCUCCUGUGCGCGAGCUUGUUCCUCGUGUACAACGGCAGCUUCAACGGCGCUUCCAGGGACGCCAACGACACGCACGUCCGACAUCAUGAACAGCUGCGGCGGCCCACUGACGCCUCCGUCAGGGUGGCCAAGCCUCACCCCCCGGUCCUCCAGGGAUACAGUGGCAUCAUCGACCAUAAGCCUCCCAGGAUGCACUGCCAGACCUGCGCCCUGGUGACCAGCUCAGGUCACCUCAUCGGAGGCGGUCGGGGUGAAGAGAUCGACAGGGCCGAGUGCGUCAUCCGCAUGAACGACGCCCCCACCGCCAGGGGUUACGGUGCCGACGUCGGCCGGCGUACCUCCCUGCGCGUCAUCGCUCACUCCAGCAUGCAGAGGGUCUUGAGGAAUCGCCAUGAGCUGCUCAACGCCAGCCAGGACACGGUGUUCAUCUUCUGGGGCCCCGGCAGUUACAUGAGGCGCGACGGGAAGGGCCUGGUGUACAAUAACCUGAGGCUGAUGAACCAGGUGCUGCCCAAACUCAAAGUCUACAUCAUCUCCUGGCAGAAGAUGCUGCAGUUUGACGAGCUCUUCAAAAAGGAGACGGGCAAAGACAGAAGGAUAUCAAACUCCUGGCUGAGCACCGGCUGGUUCACGAUGACCAUCGCCCUGGAGCUGUGCGAUAGGAUCAAUGUCUACGGCAUGGUUGCCCCUGACUUCUGCAGGGAGCCUCAGCACCACUCUGUCCCUUACCACUACUACGAGCCACGCGGUCCGGAUGAAUGCGCCAUGUACAUUUCUCAUGAGCGGGGCCGGCGGGGCAGCCACCACCGCUUCAUCACGGAGAAACGGGUCUUCGCCAACUGGGCACGGACUUUUGACAUCCACUUCUACCAGCCGGACUGGAGUCCCCCGCCUCUCCCGGAUAACCGGACGCUGGAGGAGACGAUCACGGCGACGCCCCUGGUACCCCAAAAGACGUGACCUGUGUUAUGGUGAAGAAAAUACUUUCGAGAUUUAUCCAAGAAAGAAUGAGGAUCGGGAACAUUUGUACAGAGGGCUACUGGCCCCUUAACAGAGAGGAGAAAACAUGAAAUAGGCAAGAAAAAUAGUUACCAGAGAUGAAGACAGAGUCUCUUCAUCCUGCUGUUCUGAACAUUUCUCCAGCUCCACCACUGCAUCUCCAGCAGUGUGUUCUGUUAUUUGAGGGGAACCAGUUCAAAGUUGUACAUCCCUUGUUAAGUAAGUUUAUACAAGGAGGCAACGUCAUAACGCUCCACUCUCCAUGCAUGCAUGCAGCGUCUUACUGUGGAUCCUCUUUGUGUGUGAGUGCUGUAUGUUUACCUGACGGGUCGCACAGGGUACAAACUUGAGUUUUGGCUCUCCACAAAGCCUCUGAAUGAAGGAACUAUGCAGGAUCACUGAAAGGAAAGUACCAUUACAAUGCUUGUAAUCUAACAAUGCAGUGCUGGAGACAGUGCAAACUGAAUACUAAUAGUGUAGUUCAAUGUGGCUAUUUGAAAUGUGAAUCAUCACUGGUGAGAUUCAUAUUCAUAUUCAUUUUCAAAGAUCGAGUAGUUCAAGUUGGAUGAGGUUCUUUAUUGAGAUUCCUGUGUCGUGCAAAAAGGCUCAAACUGCAAAACAAAUGAACAAACAGAAGUCACAAGCCCAACUCAUUUUGACUGCCUUUCAGAUGUGUGCAUUGUAAGCUCUCAAAAGUGACACCCAAGUCGAACCGUUGCAAUGCAGCGCUUCUUGACUAACACGUGUGUAACAUUAAUUUGGAGGUCUUAUAUCGGGCGUGUGCUCCUCGGCCCCGUAUGUAUCAUACGGCUCCGUCGCCUCCUGUCACCACUUAUUGAGCGAUUUAUUCAUCUACGGGCCGGACAUCCAUGUAAUCGCACAGCCAUGUCACACAAGACAAGUGAGAGAUUACAAUCGAGAGGCGGGAGGCAGCCACCCCCAUCCAUCCUACGACACAGUAUUCAUCUGCUGCCUGAAUCGCCUGGCGGGAGCAUUACACCGUUCCUUGUUAACCUGAUGUGUAUGUGAUCUGUCAGUCUGCACUCUCGCUCUCCUUGUGUUAUAUGUGCACUCGCCUCUCAUUUGAUGGAGUAUAUGCUGCUUGUGGACUGCCCCUUCCUCGCUUUGUGAUCCUCUAUUCCCCCCCCCCCCCUCUCUCUUCUCUCCAUGAAUAAAGAUCAGGUGUCAGUCUGGAGAAAGACGUGCAGUUAUCCUCAUGAUUUAUCCUGGUGCUAAGUCCCUAUUGAUUUUGCCCUCAUCUCUGUAAUGUGAGUAAUGAGAGGAGGGAUUCUGUGGGUCAGAGACGGAGGUUCUCACACCACUAGAGCGUGUUUCAUGUCACGUUUCCUCGGCAGAGACGAGGAGGCAAUUACUACUCGUAUACAUCACAAACAGCUGCAGGAGUAUUGUACUGAGAAUCCUGCAGGAGCUGAGACCAAGAUAUGCAUUUGUUUUCUAUAGACUCAUCUGUGAAUGGCUGUAUUAGCAAAGGGAUAAGCACUUGAAUAUUUUUGUUUUUGGCAUAAUUGACUGUCGUUCUGCAGCUUCUGGGUAUUUUUUUUUUUUCUCAAUUGUUUAGUCUGUAAAAUGUAACAAAAUAGUAAAAUAAAUGCCAAUCACAAGUUCCCAGAGCCCAAGGUGAUAUUUUCAUCAGUCCAACACAAAGAUAUUUAAUUGGCAGUGAUAUAAAACAUUGCUGUUAGUCUCUUUUCUUUUCACACAUGAUGGAAAUGUAUCAUUCCACUCAAUAAAAUACUUUUUAUCAGC